UAGUUUGAAGAACAUGAACUAGGAAGAAGACCCGUGCUGCGAGCAUGUUAAAUGAUAUUUUACAUAUAACUUUUUGCUAAUCAAAUCGACAGCAUCUACUGUAUUGUUUAUAGCCCUCUGAAUUAGAAUCGGGACAAAGGUCGAACCGACACCGAUACACGGUAACUGCUAUCAUGUCGGAUCUGCAGACGGAGGUUUGCACCAUUUUGGACAUGAUGGUCAGUCUGACUGUGUCAGAAAUGAGUAAAGUUAUCGGCGUUUCUGAUCCAACACCUCCAGAAGUUUCUCCACGUGCCACAGAAGACACACCGGGUUCUUCGGACGACAAGGUGAUCCAGCUUCGUGUCUUCAUGGCAUCUCUGGCUCAAGAAGCUGCGGUGAAGAUCUGCCAGCUGUUCGAUGAAUGUUCCUCUGUGCUGCGACUAGAAGUGUCGCAGGGUGAGGCUGAGAUGGAGGCCCUGAGGAGGAGACUGGAGGGGGUUGAGAUGGAGCUCAAGCUGGUGCUGGAAAGCAACAGAGGACAGGAGGAAGCAGAGGAGGUGAUGGAGGGAGGGCAUGAAUGGAGAGAGCAGAGGCGCAGAGCAGAAGGAGAAGGCGUCCAGAGCAGCCAGCGCUCAGGAAGGAAAAGUUGCAGAGUGGUGUCUACUGGUGAAACUGGUGUGAAGAGGUCACCUAUAAUUCAUCUGUGGAAAGGCAGAACUUAUGAGGAAAACAGCCAACCAGUUCUGAUAAAAAACGAGGGGCUGGAGGGCUCAGCUGACCAGGUGUCCUCUGAUUCUGGUCAGUACAGAGAGGAGCCCACCCAGGAAGAUGAUAAUGACCCAGACUACCAGUUGGAACCAGAAGAGCUGGAUGAUGGUGACCAAGUAUACACCACCAGAUCUAAACGUGUCGUAAAACCCAAAUCGCACCUUGUUCGAGCCAUGAGGGAGAGGCAGAAUCGAAAGGAUCAGCCUCUGUGCUGCAAAUACUGCAGGAAAACCUUCAGCAAGGUGCCGCAGCUCAUAGCCCACCAGGUCGUCCAUGCGGCAAACGCAGAGAAACCCUUCCACUGCUCUCAGUGUGGCCGAGGCUUUUCCUUCCAGCGAAGCCUCAAGGCUCACCUGCUGCUUCAUACAGGUGAAAGACCACACACGUGUGAUGUUUGUGGAAAGGGUUUCACCCUGAAACAGCUUCUGAGGAACCACCAGCGUCUCCAUGCUGACGUGCGUCCUUUUUGCUGUGAGCAGUGCGGGAAGAGUUUCUAUCGAGCUCAUGGCCUGAAAAUGCACCAGAUGGUCCACACCGGCGAGCGGGCUUAUAACUGCCAGUACUGCAACAAAAGCUUCACAAUACAAGGUAACCUGCAGCGCCACCUGCGCAUACACACAGGGGAAAAGCCGUUCAGGUGUGAGACUUGUGGCAAGAGCUUCAACCAGGCAGAUACGCUAAAAGGCCACCAGCGCAUACACACCGGUGAACGCCCCUUCAGCUGCGAGACCUGCGGCAAGUGCUUCAUCCAAAAAAGUGCCUUGAAGAUGCACCAGAAGACUUCUCACUCGGACGAGAAGGCGCUGGCCUGCGUUGCGUGUGGAACCACCAUUGCUUGUGUCGACUCGCUACGCAAACACCUCCAGACACACGCAACGACUAUCCCAUGUAUGUGUGUGCUUUGCGGCCGUCGGCUCUGCUCCAUCACAGAGUUGCGCUCGCACCAGCAGGAGCACACGGUGGACCGGCCCUACAGCUGCAGCGUCUGUGGGAAGAGCUUCAAGUCAUCCAGCUACCUGAAGAUUCACCUUAAGACGCACAGCGGAGAGAGGCCGUUCUCCUGCGACAUCUGUGGCCGCAUGUUCACGCAGCACAGCAGCCUGAAGUCACAUAAGGUGGUCCAUACUGGCGAGAAACCAUUCAGCUGCGACACAUGUGGGAAAUGUUUUAGCAACACAGGCAACCUGAACAGACACCAGCGAAUCCACACGGGGGAGAAACCGUUCACCUGCGACACAUGUGGACGCAGCUUCAACCAAGGCAACAGCCUCAAGGCCCACCAGCAGAUUCACACUGGGGAGAAGCAGUUCAUGUGCGACAAGUGUGGGAAGAGUUUCUCCUACCUGAGGAACCUGAAGGACCACAAGUGUUUCUACAUCUGAAGAUAAUCUGAGAUGUUACAUUUUCCCUGGUGGCAGAGUAAAUGGUAGAGCCUCUUCUGUGUUACAUUCAGCCUCCACAACUGAAUGUACAAACUUAUUCAGGAUCAGCUGCAGGCUGAAUGCAGGCUCUGUGUGUUGCCAACUGUCUCAGACCUGAAGAGUAGAGUCUUCAUUUAGGAAAGGACUCAACAAUUUGGCAAAUGGAUUUAAAUGUUUACUUGUUUCAGAGUCUAUUUACCAGAAGGAUGAACACUUAACUUGCAGGAUUCUGUGUGCAGUCCAUCUUCAGUAUAUGUUGUUGAACAUAAAGCUGUUUUCACACAUUAACAAUAAAUAGUGUGCAAGUUGUGAAUUUGUUUGGAUGGAUGGAUGGAUGGAUGGAUAGAUAGAUAGAUAGAUGGAUAGAUAGAUGAGUAAAUUUUAGAAGCUGAAUUAAUAUGCAAUGAUUUACUCAAGGAAAGGAUUUUCAGACCUUGAAUAGUUGUGAUAAACUUGGGAUCAUCUUAGUAUGGACAACCCAUGCCUGACAGUGUUCCAUGUGGGAGGAGACGUGUAGAAAACUCAUGGUUUCUUUAUAGUGAACCUGCCAGCAAAGAUUACUUCAGGUCAGUUGUCAUUGUAAUAGACUCAAGGUAAGCCUUACCUCUCUUUAUGCACUGCAUUGAGCUAUUUUACUGUGAGUAAAAACCACAUUGAGAAGAUUCAGACUAUAAUCAAGUUAAAUCAUAUCUCCAUACAGUACGAUGAUUACACUUGGUAAGAUUUCCUGAAUUAAGAAGAAAUCCCCGGACUUACCCGGACAAAUGAGAAAUAUCUUAACUUGAUAUUAGUAAAGCAAAAAGCAUGAAUAUAAUAAGCAUGUGUUAUGCUAGCAGCCGUUCAGCAGUUGCCAAUUGUUCGUGUUCCAACAUCUUUUCUCUGAAUUCUAAA